CACUAGAACACUUUGAGAAAGGUACCGAGCAAAGAGAAGCAAACCUCCGUGAGGGUUUGAGUUGAUUUAGUUGUGUCACAAGGAUUUCGUUUUGAGAAAAUUGAUAUGCUAAGAAAAAGUUUACUUAACGUUGGCUAACGUCGUUUCUUUCAUUUUAUCUUCAGAGUAACCUGCAUAAACCUAAAAAGGGACCUUUACAUUAGGCUAGUUUCAAUAACCAGAACAACCAUGGCCAGUUGUAAGUGCAUCCUGAGCUCUCUGGAGAAAAGUCCUGCCAGGCAGAACCUGUUUGGCCCAGUUGACCAUGAGCAGCUGCAGCAGGAGUAUCAGGACACCCUGCGCAGAGACCUGGAGGACGCCUGUCGGCGCUGGGGCUUCGACUUCCUGUCAGAUAAGCCUCUGGCUGGGCGAGACUUCCAGUGGGAGGAGGUUCCGGGCACCAUGGUGCCUCUCCUCUACCUGCCCUGCCUGUUGGGUCAGGGGGAGGCACAGAAGAUCGGAGGGCCGGCAGCAUCCACAGGGAUGGUCAGGGCGGGGCCAUGGCACCGUGGCAAGGAAAACAUCCCUUGCACCCCUGAGAAGAACGGAGCCAACCUCCAGAACCUGGAGAAACCGCAAGACGAGAACAAACUGAAGAGGAAACAGACCAACCUCACAGAUUUCUACCAAGCCAAGAAGAGAGUGGUGGGUACGUCGCUUAAGUCAGGCCGGUGAUUUCAGAGACACCGUCACAGCUGCCAGGGAGCCAACAGUCGGACAAAACCACAGCAAGCACUACUUCUCUCGGGAACCGACACGCUGAACAGACUCUGAGUACAUACAGUACACUUACCUGGAGGAAUACAUAACCAAUCCUCUAAACAAACGCAGUGAAAAAUGAAACCUAUUUUAUUGCAUCCGUUACGGAUGCAUACUGUUUUAUUUUUAUAUCCAUGUAGGUUAACCAAUGUACUAAUGAUUUCAAUGUAAGGGGGCUUGUGUUCUCCCUGUGGUAAGGGAGGGACAUUCUAAUGGUGCAUCCAUGACCAUUUGUGAGUCAUGAAAGAACAUCCUCUAAACCUUUAUGACCGUUUAGUGUAAGGAAGACUUGAAAAUCAAAGUCUGGACAGUUAAGGUUCUGCAUUCCACAGCACUGAAAUAGACCAAUCGAAACCAUGCCUCGGUCUACGCAUAAAUCGUCUUGUUUUGAUCAUAUCUUGAAAUAAUGAAACCAUACUGUUUACGGUGCUGAGUUUUAAUCUACUGUAAUAUAGUGUCACAUUGAGAGGACUCUUGAAAAAAUGACCACAACAACACAAUAGUCUUUCCAGUUAAAAUGUUCAAAUGUAUGGAUUGAUGUUUUUUUCAUUAUGCUGUGUCUCACAAUUUAAAUAUAUUUCUCAACGUGUACUCAUAGGAAUCUACUUGAAGGGUACCGCCGUGCAUAAAAUUAUGCAAACUCCUAUAUAGAAAUGGCACCUAUUUAAUUUUUUUCACCUUUAUUUAACUAGGCAAGUCGGUUAAGAACAAAUUCUUAUUUUCAAUGACGGCUUUGGAACAGUGGGUUAACUGCCUUGUUCAGGAGCAGAAUGACAGAUUUUUACCUUGUCAGUUCGGGGAUUCGAUCUUGCAACCUUCCGGUUACUAGUCCAACGCUCUAAACACUAGGCUACCUGUCGCUCAAUGUCCCCCUUUCUACCUAACUAGGGCUUCUUGCUAUAAUACUCUUGGGAAUUUGUUGAUAGGGACCUCCGCAAUGUUCUUUCAAGCUUUUCAAGACUUUUUACAAAGUUUAUUUAGCAUCUGGCCAUCUGAACACAAAGCCAGGCAUUCAAGCUUCCUUUGAUAAGUAUCAGCUUUAUCUUGAUGUUACUAUCACACUGUUAAGCAGUGAAACAUUUCAAGUUUUCUUGCGGUAUUGCACAAUUGUUUUUUUCAUGUAGCCAACAGCAGGUACAAAUGCCUGUAUGGUAUUUGAUUCUAAAUAGAGAGAAAUUGUGUCCUCAGAAACAUAGCUAUUUUUGACUAAGCUACAGCCUCUGUUUUCUUUUCUAUUUGAAGUUUUUAUCUGCCUCAAACUGUAAGCUAUUGGUGCAUAACGGUUAUUUAUUGUUAUGAUGGCCGAUCCUGCUGCUAUGGGUAAUUUGAAUGGUGGUUAGACAACAUCACUGUAUGGCAACAUUCCAAACUUUUUUUCUUUUUUAAAAUAAAUUUUAUCCCCUUUUCACCCCAAUUUUCGUGGUAUCCAAUCUCUAGUAAUUACUAUCUUGUCUCAUCGCUACAACUCCCGUACGGGCUCGGGAGAGACGAAGGUCGAAAGCUAUGCGUCCUCCGAAGCACAACCCAACCAAGCCGCACUGCUUCUUUAACACAGCGCGCCUCCAACCCGGAAGCCAGCCGCACCAAUGUGUCGGAGGAAACACCGUGCACCUGGCCCCCCUUGGUUAGCGCGCACUGCGCCCAGCCCGCCACAGGAGUCGCUGGAGCGCGAUGAGACACGGAAAUCCCUACCGGCCAAACCCUCCCUAACCCGGACGACGCUGGCCCAAUUGUGCGUCGCCCCACGGACCUCCCGGUCGCGGCCGGCUGUGACAGAGCCUGGGGGCGAACCCAGAGACUCUGGUGGCGCAGUUAGCACUGCGAUGCAGUGCCCUAGACCACUGCGCCACCCGGGAGGCUAACAUUCCAAACUUAACUAAUAGCUUUGUUUAAUGUUCACAGCACCUUACGCACUGCUAUGCAAAUAUCAGCAUACAUUACCCCAAAAGUUCACCUAUUUUUAUAGAUGUUGGUGCACAGGCUUACAUAGUGGUUUCAUAGCUACAAAGAAGACAUUCUUAUUUAUUGUAAAACAAGGUAGAUAUGUGUAAUUGGUUAAUUGACAAAUACAUACAGUGCAAUUGGAAAGUAUUCAGACCCCUUGACUUUUUCCACAUUUGUUAUGUUACAGCCUUAUUCUAAAAUAUAUUUUUUUAAAGUGUUUAACCUCAUCAAUCUACACACACUACCCAUAAUGACAAAGUGAAAACAGGUUUUUAGAAAUUUUUGGGGAAAAACAAUUGCCUCAUAAAUAUUCAGACCGUUUGCUAUGAGACUCGCAAUUGAGCUCAGAUGCUUCCUGUUUCCAUUGAUCAUCCUUGAUGUUUCUACAACUUUUUAUUUAACCUUUAUUUAACUAGGCAAGUCAGUUAAGAACAAAUUAUUAUUUACAAUGACGGCCUAACAAAAGGCCUCCUGCGGGAACAAGGACAAAACAUACAUCAAGACGAGAGACAACACAAUACUACAUAAAGAGAGACCUAAGACAAAAGCAUGGCAGCAACACAUGACAACACAGCAUGGUAGCAACACAACAUGACAACAACAUGGUAGCAGCACCAAACAGGAUACAAACAGUAUUGGGCACAGAUAACAGCACAAAGGGCAAGAAGGUAGAGACAACAAUACAUGAUGCAAAGCAGCCA